CUCCUACUGAUGACUAACAAUUCUAACAUGAAGGCAAGAUUUAUUCCUUGUGGAUGCGCCUAUCGCAUGGACUCAUGGUCUUAAGCCUUCAGACAAUGACCUUCGCACAACACUCCGACUGCAAUAUUCCUGUAGCCGUGGAGGUGUCAUGCUGCCACAGCUGUUCUACCGCGAGCAUUACUGUCUUUUUGAAUCCUUGCGCACCGUAUUCCAACACGGCUGGCAUAGAUCCCUCCUCUUCGAAGAUAUCGAAGGCGUCCUACCAGGCCACCCCAUGCUUUACGUGAUUAGCAGCUCCCUCUGGGAAGCUAAUCUUCGCUUUCUAACUACCACUAUCCGCGACAUCAGUUUCCGUGACCUUCGCGACCCCAGUGACUCCACCAAUGACAAACUCCAUGAUCAGCGACAGGACCUCGACUACCUCCGCACCUUCGUGACUGAGACGCUCAAAUGGUACCCUCCCACGCUCCCAUCAUACUUCCUCAGCCUGCCGAAAUACGAUCAACGGCAUCGUGAUCAUAUCGCGGACAACUCGGAACAUCCCAUACAAAACCUGAGGCGCAUCCUCAAGGACGCAGAAAAUCUCCAGGGCUUCCUCAUCGACACGUUCCAGCUGCUCAUGAGCUCCGUCAGCGUGCGCGAGAGCAGGCUGAGCAUCGAGCAAGCUCGGCUGAGUGCGGAACAGGCGCGGCGCAGCGCAUGGCUCACGCAACUGGCCAGCGUGUAUCUCCCGCUUUCUGUGGUGACGGGAAUUUUUGGGAUGAACCUCAAGGAGAUUAGCGAAGGGCCGCCGAGAUGGUGGUGGGCGGUCGUAGUAUUGGUCGUGCUGGUGGUCUGUACGGUGGGAAUUUACUACUCGCUGAGGGAAGUGGAGAAGAUUGCCGAAGAGAGGAGGCAGAGAAGGGUGGAAGGGCGACAAGUAAAGAGGGUUAAUGAGAAGCCCAGGGACGGGAGAGGUGGUGUUUAACGGUUUCGAGGACGGUGCUCACGAGUCUCACUGACUACCCUCGCGAACAUUUUUCGACACCCUUAGGAUUAAUUUUCGAAUACUUGUUUACGUCAUUCGUCUUCGACAGCACUUGCAGAAUCUAUAGAGCAAUACGUCAACCUCCACGGCCUCUCCCUCUCCCUCGCGAAUACAGGCUGUGAGGCACAAAUUGUAGUGCAGACAUGCUGGACGCAAGCCCGUCCAUUGCUGUCUGAGUGGAUGUCUGAGCUGUUGAUGACUCUCCACUUC